AUGGCACCGUCCCGCGGCCCAACUACUGUUGCACGAAACCUCCAUGCGACACUCCAAAACCACAAGGGGGCUGUCCAUGUUGUUCGAUAUGCGAAAGGCAGCGCAAAAUAUAUCCUGACAGGCGGGCAGGACCGUUCCGUCCGUCUCUGGAACCCCGAGUUGGGCACGCAAAUCAAGGUGUAUGCGGCUCAUGGCUACGAGGUGUUGUCAAUCAGCGUGUCGCAUGAUAACAGCAAGUUCGCCUCGUCGGGCGGCGAUCGUUCUGUGUUCUUGUGGGAUGUGAUGACGGGCGCGACUAUCCGGCGGAUACCAGGCCAUAUGGCCAAGAUCUUUACUGUAGAGUUCAAUGAGGAUGCGAGCGUUCUUGCCAGUGGCUCAUAUGACAACACUGUGAAGCUUUGGGACCUCCGCUCUCAGAACCGGCAAGCGAUCCAAGUACUCGACGAAGCCCACGACGCGGUGCAGACCCUACACGUGGGCCCCACGUAUAUUAUCACCGGGUCGGUUGACGGCUACGUCCGUACCUACGAUCUCCGCAUGGGCGAGCUGCGCUCCGACUUCAUUGGCAACCCAGUUGCGGCAGUCGUCCCCUCACAGGACGGCCAGACGUACCUCGCCACGACGCUCGACUCGCACGUGCGCCUGAUGGACAUGUCGACAGGCAAGAUGCUCAAUGAUUUCACGGGCCAUACGAACACGUCGUACCGGUGUCGCGCGUGUUUCGGGCAUGGAGAGGCCAGUGUCAUUUGUGGGGACGAAAAGGGUAUGGUAUGGGCUUGGGAUCUGGUCGAUGCGGCUCCUCUGCAACCGAAUCCGCCACCGAAAGUCCAUCAUAAAGUUAUCACUUGGGUCGAGCACCACCCAAUUGAUAGCGACGAACUCGUCACUUCUAGCGCGGAUGGCACGGUCAAAGUAUGGCGCAGUCCGAACAGUGGUUCAUGA